UGGACAGUGGUUUUAGACUCUCAUCUGUUGAUCAUGAAGAGAGAGAGAGUAUGGUCUGCUCUCAGUCGUGAAGAUGUCUCUGCCAAAGCUCUGGAGUCUCCGUCACAUCCUCCUGCUGUCUGUCUUCACCGGCGCAGCGAAUGGAUAUUAUAACUUCAAUUGGCAACAGUGCAUCUACAGCUCCAGUGAUUUCAGUGACAUGGUGUUCUUGGAUAGCUAUUACUUCAAUAAAUAUCUGUACGUACAGUUCAACAGCACUGUGGGGAGGUUCGUGGGGUUUACUGAGGUUGGAGUGAGAACUGCAGAGAACUGGAACAAAGACCCAGCAAUCAUACAGCAAUUUAAGGCUGAAGUUGAUAGAUUCUGUAAACCUAAUGCUGAACUGUACAAAACAUCUAUCCAUGAUAAAGCAGUGGCUCCAGUCGUGAAGCUGAGUUUAGUGCAGCAGGGCGACAGCAGACAUCCAUCGCUGCUGAUGUGCAGUGCAUACGACUUCUACCCUGAGAAAAUCAAAGUGUCCUGGCUGAGGGACGGUGCAGUGGUGACCUCUGACGUGACCUCCACUCAGAAGAUGCCUAACGGAGACUGGUACCACCAGAUUCACACGGAGCUUGAGUACACUCCCGAAGCUGGAGAGAAGAUCUCCUGUAUGGUGGAGCACGCCGGCUUCGAGAAACCCAUGAUCUAUGACUGGAACCCUCCUCUGCCUGAGUUUGAGUGGAGUACGCCGCUGUUAUUCACUGCUGGAGCUGCUGGACUGAUGCUGGGAAUCAUCAUAGCAGCUGCUGGAUUCAUUUACUACAAGUCAACAUCAACCGCUCUAUGACAUCCUAGUGCUACAUUGAUGAUGACUGAAAGACUCCUCAUCAUGGAGAAACACACACACACUCUUCACGACGUGACUAACACACAGUCACAGCAUCAUGUCAGAUGUGUUACAGCUAAUAUUUCAGCAUCUUUAGGCAGUAUUGACAGUAAUGAUGCUGGAAGUUUGUUGUAAACAACUCAGUAGAUGUUGUUUUCUGUUGUUGUCACCCUGAUUUACAGGUAAUCAAAAUAUCAUGAGUGCUGUAUCACAGU